AUUGAAGUUUUUAUUGAAUUUAGAGAGUUUGGCUCAAAGGGGUGAUUUUAGUGAAAUUAGGGUUUGACGUUUGCAUUCACUUCCCUUCUCUCCUUCCCUUCCCCUUUGCCGGCGCUUCUUUCUCCGUUGCACCGCCGCUAUCCAGCCUCUCCACGCUGCACCUGAGUUCUCUACCCCCUCCUUAUUAUUUCUUUUUUCACUUCAUAUCUCUUUCUCCACCGUUCUCAGUUCCAUCGUGGAUCUUCUCUUUCUCUUCUUGUAUCGAAAUUGCGGGUGAGUUACUAUGGCUAUGGCAGAAGAGGAUCCUAAGCCACUUGCAUAUAUACCGGAGAUUAUACUGAAGAAAAGAAAGGUAAAUGAAGCAGCGGCAUUGAGAAGAAAGGAGCAGUUGGAGUUAAGGAAGCUUAGUUCGAAGAAAAACAAGGAUGGUUUUAUUAAACUACCUGAGGAAUUUGUCAGAGAAUAUCGUGCUAGGGAACUGGACCUUGUCAAAAUGAAGCACAGGAUAAAGAGAAAAAGAUCUGCUAUUGUGCCAUCAACAUCUAAAUUGAUUUUUAUAAUUCGGAUACAGGGCAAGAACGACAUGCAUCCAAAGACAAGGAAGAUCUUAUAUAGUCUCGGAUUAAGUAGAAUUUUCAGCGCAGUUUUUGCCAAGGCUAAUGAGAGUAUUCUAGGGAAGCUACAGAGGGUGGAGCCAUACGUGACAUAUGGAUACCCUAAUCUGAAAAAUGUGAGGGAGCUCGUAUAUAAGAAGGGAUUCGCAAAGAUAGACAAACAAAGAGUUCCUCUGACUGAUAACAACAUUAUUGAACAGGCAUUGGGGAAACAUGGUAUCGUGUGCAUGGAAGAUAUGGUGCAUGAAAUCGCUAAUGUUGGCCCUCAUUUUAAGGAGGUAAUUUCCUUUUUAUGGCCAUUUGAACUUGAAAAGCCAGGAGGGGGCUGCCUUCAAGGGAAAAAGUCAUCGUACAAGGAAGGUGGAGAUAGUGGUAAUAGAGAAGAUGACAUCAAUGAUCUGAUUAAUGAGAUGAAUUAGGCAAAAGCCUGAAGGGGGAAUAUCCAGUAGUUUCUGUAAUGCAAUUUUUGUAGGCUACAAUGAGUUUGUAUCUUGUUCAACUCAUUUGCUUCAUAUGUUUUGGGUUUUUUUACGUUAUUUCUUAUGUCCUAGAGAAAAAAGGAAAAGCUUGGAUCUGUUAUAUAUUUAACAACAUAAUAUCAUCCACAAAGCCUUCCUCUUGGUAGACAUUUUGUCUCUACUAGUUUGUUUCACUAGAUUCUUGUUUUUGAAUAUGAUGAAUCAACGUAACCGAGAAAGCUUGGAUCUGUUAUAUC